CCAUCAUUUGGAUUCAUCAUCGAAGAGUUGCUGAACAUUUUUGUCUUCAUCUUUUCGAUUAUACGAAUUUUGUCAUCUUCAAUUUUUUCAACAAAAAAUAUUUUUCUUUAAUCUCUUCACAAUUUCUGUUGGAAUCGUUCGAAUACCAACCGACAAACCAAUCAUUCAUUUUUUAUUUGGCCAACAUGGCUAGAACUUUGGCUUGGGGCACGAUACUUCUUGCCUCAUUGCUUCUUAUCAAUCUGCCUCAUUGGGCUCAAUCAUUUCGACUUGACUCAUAUAACCAAUUUUCUGAUAAAUCCAUCAACUUUAAAGAUGGUGAUAAAUUCACCUGUGCUCAAAGUUGUUCACUCUUGGAAUCCUCUAAACGUUUGAUUGAAUAUCAAACUGGAACAACCUAUAGCUAUCAAGUACAACUAUCAACCAAAUUGAAUGGUCAACAAGGCUCUAUUGAUUCAUACAAUCAAGUUCGAAUCGAAGCCAUCGCUGAAUUGUCUGCAUAUGGACCAUGUGAAAUGGUUCUACGGUUACGACAAGUGCAAAUCGAUGGCAUCGAAGAUGAACGACAAGCAACGGAAAUGAAAACUGAAUUGGAAAGCCAUUCCACACAUUUUGCCGUCCAAGGUGGCCAAAUCGAAGAGGUCUGCGCUGAACACGAUGAAUCUGAAUGGACUGUUAACAUCAAAAAAUCAAUCAUAUCAUCGAUCCAAAUAUCAGCCAAAAGUUUGACUGAAAAAUCUUCAGUGCUUGAAACCGACAUCAACGGCCAAUGUUUAACCGAAUACCAACCAAUAAAUGAAUGGCGAUACGGUCAAGACAAGACAACUAUCGUUCAAAUUGUCAAAAGCAAACAAUUGUCAAAAUGUAACAAACGACACCAAAUCAACUUGGGUCUUUUCCCACGAUCAUACGGCCUUGAUCAAUUGAUUCAAUCCUCAAUGCCGAUCGUGAAUGGUACCUAUGAAUGUCGACAAAAGAUUCAGGACGGUAUCGUCAUCAGUUCAGAUUGUUGUGACAAACAGACUAUUUGGCCAUUGAAAGCUACAGUCGAUUCUGAUGUUCGUUGUCGAUUAAUUGGCGAACAGCCAGUUUUGACCACACCAAAAUCAUCAAGCCGUUCAAUGAAACGCCAAAACUUAGCAUGGAACACAGCUUUUUCAAGAGAAAAUCUGCUUAAAGGAUCAUUGCAAUCUCGGGAUACUGUUUACACUGUAGAGCAAGUAGAACAAUUAUUGCAACAGAUUUGCAUGCAAAUCCAAGAUUCAAUUAAAAUGCAAGUACCAGAAAUGUUUGCCCAGUUGAUUUAUGCCAAACAAUCAUUGAGCGUUGACGAUGAACAACGAAUUUAUGAUCAAGUACAAAGUGGCCAAAUUUGUCCAUCGUCCAAAUUGGUGGACAUAUAUUUGGAUGCUUCAGCUUUGUCUGGAACACCUGGAUCGGUUCAAGUGUUGAUUCAAGCUUAUGAAAAAUAUCAACAACAGCAGCAACAACAACAAGACCAAUUUGAAAUUCUGCCACGAUUCUCUUAUCUCUUUUCAUUGUUAGCUUUCACCAAAACACCAAAUGUCGAAGCAGCUCAACGUCUGUUGCAAUUUGUACAACAGCAACAACAACAAACUCCAGUUUCCCAAGAUUUCGAACAAAUCAUUUUCGGCGUAACCGGAUACGUACAUAAUCUCCGCCAUUACACCCAACAAGAACAGCAACAAGAAUAUAAAGAACAUUCAAUCAGUUGGACCGAUGUCGAGCAAAUUAUUGGUCAAUUGCAACAACAAUUGAUCAACCAUCUGGAACAAUUGAUGCCACAAGUUGGUCAACAAUCACAAGUGAACUAUACCACUGUUCUCUCGUUGAUUCAUGGAUUAGAAAACAUUGGAUACGAAUUACCAACCAACUAUCAGCAACAACAGCAAAUGGUCAAACGCAUGAUUCAAUUGUGUCAACAAUAUAAUGGACAAUCUCAAAGUGAAUACUAUACGCCCAUUCGUGUAGCCAUCAUUCGAUCAAUCGUCAAUGUGGUUGAUGAUGAAUCAACUCGAAACUAUUUGUUUGACAUUUUCUUCGACCAACAACAACAGGAACCAAAUGUCGUACGAAUCGAAGCCUACAAAACAUUAGUUAUGUCAGGUGUGAAAAUCUCCGAAUUACAAAAGAUCCAGCAGUACGUCGAUUCUGUCUCCGAAAGCCGUUCUGUCGACUUGGUAAAUUAUGUUCGUUCUCAUCAAGCCAACCUUCGAACCACUUCGGACAUUUAUCGCCGUUCGAUUUUGCCUUUGGGCGCUCCAAAAUUCUCUAAACCAACCAACAUGUUUGGUGUAUCGCGAAAUUAUGAAUUCUCAUAUUUGAACGAUGCAUACCAGAUGGGUGUAACUGCCGAAGCCGAUGUUAUCUAUGAUACCAAAAGCCAAUCGAAUGUCAUCCCACAGAUGAUCUCUUUCAACCUCACAUUACCAAUCAUGGGUCAUGAAUUUCAAGCAGUUCAGAUUCGUGUCCACCAAAACGGUCUUGAACAAGUUUUAGAUGGCAAAUAUCAACAAUUGAUUGCUGGUCAAUCGAACAAACAGUUUGAUGCAAUCAAAUUGAUCAGUAAAUUGAUCGAAGUAGUCUCGCAAGAUGGUGAACGAUUAUUGCAACAAAAUCCUGAAUUCAGCCUAUUCGUUCAAGUCCAAGUUGACGGCAAAACAGUCGUUUUAUGUGACCAUAAUGAAUUGAUCUCAUUGGUCACUGGCCGUGGUGUUUUUGGAGAAUUGUUCCGCAAGGUAUUUACUGAUCAACAAUCAAAUCUAUCAAUUGAUCGAGCCUACUCGAUUGUUCCGAUUGAUUUCGUUACAUCGAUGACCACAUCGAGCGGUAUGCCAGUCCAAGUGCAAGUGAACAGUACUGUCGUCGUCGGUUUCAAAACUGAUAUCAACUUUAAUGUUGGCCGCCAAGAUUCUUCAAACGUUGAAUUGGCAAUCUGGCCAUCAUUCGCUGGUCAAAUGGAAGCACGUGUUCAAUACUAUGCUGGCCAACAGGUCAAAUCGAUCCAACAUAUGGCACGCCUUUAUUCUGCACCACAUGUUAACUUAGUAGUUAAGGUAGAUGGUCAACAAGGCGUUAGCAUUAAAUCAACAAUGCCCGAACAGAAAUACACAGUGAUUCGAUAUGAAACUGGUUUCUAUGUGGAUCAACAAAUUAGUCGCUCUUCAUUGGAUACGGAAAAACGUAGCUUGAUCUCGUCAAACGAUGGAGUAGACGACCGACAUCGAUGCACAGAAUUCACCAAAAAAAUGCUUGGUGUGGCUCUUUGCUACGAUGUUGACUACGAAACUGAUGACCGACAAAGUCAAUUUGUAGCCGAAGUUAGUGUUCAGAAAUUUGACGAUCAAUUGAACAGCUUCGAGCUUCAUUUAGAAAAUCCUAUCCCAUUCUUAAAAUCAAUUUCCGGUAUGUCUUCUCGAUCGAACAAAGCAAAACGAUCGGUCAAAUUUGUCUUCAACACUCCUGGUUCGCAAAUCGACCGUGAAACGGUAUUCGAAUUGCAAUUGCCAACUUUUGACAGAGAAUCUGGUUUACUGUCGUCUGGUGCACGUCUUAAUAUCAAAAGUCCUUGGAAACAAAUGCUUGCCGAAGCCGUUGUACGUAAUCAUCAAAGUGAACGAUCAGUUAGCGUACAAUUAAGUCUGGACAAACAUCGUUACUUGCAAAUGGAAAUGGGUUUCGAAAUGGUGAAACGUGGCCAAAAGACUGAAUAUCAAACCAAAAUGAUUUUGGAUACACCAAUUACCGGACAACCAAUCAACUUAGUUGGUGUCUGGUCAUACCAACAAGGCCGCAAAUCGAUUUUCCACGUUUCUCUCGAAGAUGUAGAACAACAACGAAACUUAAUUAAAGGCACCAUAGUCAAGACUGGCCGAAUCGAUCAAGGUGAUUUAAAAUGCUCAGCCCAUUUAAUGCUUGAUUUGCCAGGUGUAGCCUGUAAAGCCACCGGUACAUUAGAACGUGGUGUAGGAGAUCUCAAAUUGGAUUUUUCUACUGAUUACGAAACUGAAUCUAGUGGUCGUCAAUCUGCUCAAUUGUCGUUGAAACACCAGAAUCUAUCUUGGGGCAAAAUGAUCAAGUUUAUCAAUCAAGCCCAAUGGUCAUCUAGUCAGGCACCGAAAUACAAUGCUCAGUACAACCACCAAUUAACUUAUGGAUCGAAUGAAUUUCUUGAACACAAUUUGCAAUUGAAAUGGAAUCACGAUAAAGAACAAAUCCGAUUUUUUCAAUCUAUAAAAUUGGCAGAACAACGUGGCCAAUACGAUGGUGAAGUAGAAGCCAUUCUUAUGGUAAAACCAUUGGAUAUCGACUACCAAAUUAAAGCUCAAACAAACAUGAUCGGGUUUGGCAUUGAAAAUGCAGAAACCAAACGAUAUGAAUUAAUUGCCACCGGACAUCGACGUGAUCAGCCAGAACUGGACAAAGUUCGUGCCGAAUUGUCAUACGAACAGCAAUCAUCGCAGCCAUUGAAAAUGAGUGUUCGAGCUGCCGUAAAAUCCGAUGAAAUCGAUUUCGUCUACAGCGACAACGUGGAAGAAAAACAACCAAACCAUUAUCAUGGUCGUAUGAUGAUCCAGUUGUCUCCUGAACAAAAAUACAGUUCCCGUUAUAUUUACUCGAUCAAUAAGAAAAAUUCUCAAUUGACUGAACAUCAAUUAGAUGCCACUUUCAACGAUGAAAUGACUAAAAAAUUGACUGCUCGACAUCAUGGAAUAUUGCGUUUGAUUCCAAAUCGAUCAAUCGAUCUUCAAUCCAAAUGGACCAACGAACAGGACGAAGAUCUAAUUGACAGUCGAAUGAAAUGGGAACAUGACGGCAAAACUAAAUGUCGAUUUGAACAUCACCCCAGUGAAACUCGUUGCGAAUUUGAUUGGGACCUGUAUUCAAGCCCACUGAAAGCUAAUCUUGACUUUGAAAACAAACAGUACAAACAUGCCACAAAGAUUGACUUUGAUCAAAUGAACAAACUGUUCACAAUGAACUCGAAAACAAAACACAACGAAAACGACAUUUUCUCCAUUGAUUCACGAAUCUCGCCCAAACAUCGAUCUCAUUUGGCUAUCGAUUCCAAAGUAUUCAGCAGUGAUUGUCACUAUGAACCAGAAUCGGAAUCCGGUAAUCGAUACAAAAAAUCAGCCAAAAUUCAAUUCCGUUUGCCUCAAUCGUGGCAACACGAAUCCCAAUCAUGGAUGGACUGUGAUGAUGGCCGAUAUCAAUUGCAAUCAAAAACCGAUUAUGAUGAAAAGAAUGUGUUUGAUUUGAAUGGUAAAUACCACCGAAACCAAGCAAUAGGUUUAGCAGUGAAAACUAAAUCAAUUUCUGGAGGCUUGUCUGCUGAAAAAGGCAAACAAUACCGAUUGCAAUUCGAAAACGACCGUUUCAAACAUGAUACUCGAUUGAAUUGUGAACAACCAGAUUUGAUUGAAUUUGAAUCUAAAACAACCAAUAAUGGUCAAAAUGUCGCUGCCAUUCAAUAUGGCUGCAACCAGGAUAAAGUACAUGAAUUUAAAGUCGAUUGUGAUCGAGUGGUUAAAGCCAAAGGCCAAUGUCAAUGGCAUUCAAACGAACCAUUCGCCAAUUUCAAUGUCGAUUGGAUGGCCGGUAAAUCACCCUUUCAUCAAGAGACUCAGAUUAACGCUAAUCGACGUGAACAAUCAGUUCGAUUUGACAGCAAGACCAAAUUAUCGGACGAGAAAGUAGCUCAAAUCAAAGCGGCAAUUGCCAAGAAUCCAACAGAUCAGCAGCCUUUUGCUUCAGCUUCGUUUGAAUUACCACAAUUCGAUGCUCAUAUUGGUUAUGAACAACAGACAAAUCGUUUUGAUGAUCAAGAUAAACAUCAUAAAAUUUCGUGUGUUUUUGAUGGCAAAGAAUGGAACCCAGAAUGGCGACACCAAAGUCAAAUGAAAAUCUUAAAGAAACGAUCGAUCAUAGAAUUUGAGAGCGAAACUGAAUCUAAAAAAGAUAAAUCCAAUCAUUUGCAAGUAAAAGGACAAUACCGCCAUUUGGAUGAACAACAGCCAUCACAAUUUAAUGUAAAAUUGGGAAAUAUUUUGUCUACUGUAGGACAGAUCAACCUGUUCAAUAACAAGGAAAAAUCAUUGGAUAUGCAUGGUCACUACUUUAAUGGCCGUCGAUACGAACACGAAUCAAAAGUUAAAUACUGGCCAGAAGAAGGUUCAAUGAAAUGGGACGGUAAAAUCAGCAAUGAAAUUGGCAGAAAAAUCGCUUCAAUCGGAUCUUUCAUGAGCACUGAUGCCGACAAAACAUCUUAUUUGCGAGUUGAGUCUGAAGACAAGAAACAAGUGCCUGAAAUCAAAAUCGAGUUGAAUCGACGAUUGAAACGUGCUGCCAUCGAUUUUGAUAUGGAUCAAUAUCAACACCAAACCUUGAUUCAUGACGAUCAAUCUGCUGUCAAAGUGAAUACAAUCACCACAAAAGAUCAGCAAAACGUUUUCAAUUUCAACACUGAAAUUAACCGAUAUCCAUCGGCCAAAUCCCACGUCCAUGUCAAAGUUGGUCCAAAAUACGAAACUGCUAUGCACGUCUACCCGAACAAACGAUCAGGUGCAUUCUCGAUGAUGACACCAACUCUAAGACAUCAAACCGAAUUCGAUUUGAAUAACCAGGUUGGUGGCCCGGCAAACGUGAUUCAAUCGACCACUCAUUACCACGAUGAUUUGUUGGCCGAUUUGGACGCUCGAAUGGAAGGCCUUCGUGGUGAAAACAUCAUCAAAGCCAAUGUGCCCGGUAUGAUGCGAUUAGAUACGACCAUGGAUGUACCUGGAAAGCGAUUCUCAUUUGACGCACAAGCUGAUUCUCGUUACGGUGGCCGUCAUGCCAUGGGUUCAAUCUACUCAAACCAUGUUCGACGAAACAGUGCUGGUAUUGAAGACCAACAAUUCCAUUUUGAUUUUGCCUGGGAUGUUGAUCGUGAUCCUCGAUCUCGUGUCCUCGUCGACGUCUCUGCUCAACGUAAACCAGAUCAGUCGGUUCAGUUUGUAGCUCGUGCUGAUUAUGCUCACAACAAACUCAUCUUCGAAACGGAAAUGAUGCCACGAUCUAUUUUUGCUCAUUCAGCUCGUAUGUCGUUGUCAUACGUUCCGUACGGUAAUAUCGACUCAUUCCAAGUGAUUUACACCCACCUGAACCGAAUGCCACAAGUCGAAUGUAAAGUUGAUUUCAUGUUCCGUGGGCAAUUAAGAUAUUCGGCUCGAUUGACAACCCAAGUGACCAAUGAACGAUUUGUCAUUGGAUUUCAGACCACUUCACCACAAAACAUCGAGGCUCAAGUGAACGUAAACGUAAUGGGUGUUGCUAAUGGACAAGGUCCAUACUAUUUAAAAGGCAGUUUUCAACGAGCUGUAGAAGAACAGUAUGAAGUGGAAGCCACCCUUGAAGAAGAUAACGAUUAUCGAAUCUAUUCCGGCAAAGUAGAAUUACGAUUACCAAGAAUUGAAUCACAAUCUAUUGAAUAUCGAAUUGAUUUUCCAGGACGUUACAUCUCAGUACACACUGUCAAUCCACAAACUGGUGGUCGAUUUGAAUUAGAAGCUCAAAUACAUCCUGAUCAAAGCUUGAAAAUGUCCGUUAAAUCGGAUGUGGCCUAUUUACCUGUGAUUGAUGGUAAGAUGAGUUACGCUGCAAGCGAACCUGAAUUCUAUGCCAAACUAGAUGUCAAUCAAGAACGGUUGAUUGAAACCCAAUAUAAACUGACCGGUAUCGAAUCGAUAGGUAGCGGGCGAUUCCAUUUGUUGGCCAAAUGGCAAUCUGUCUUUACACCAUCGUUCGAAUUGAGCAGCUCAAGUGGUAUUGAAAAACAAGCCAAUGGACAAGAAGAAUGGGUCCUCACUGUUGAAGGCAAAUACAAUGUUGAAAAGAUCUUCUAUGGUCAAUUGAAACGAUUGUCAUCACAAUCGAACGUCUAUGGAAAACAAUCGGUCGUUUUCGAUAUGGAAGGUUGGAUUUCACGACCAAACGGUGUCAAACUUAUUCGAACAGCUUCGAAAUUCGCCUUUGACCAGCAAACAGACUCGUUGAUCGAAUACAUGUUGGAUAUUGAACCAAACCGUGAUGAAUUGGAAACUAUCGAACCGUUUUACGUUAUCAUCAACGGUGUACGAAAAGCCGAAGAAUCAUAUAAAUGGAUCGGAUCCAUCAAAAUUAGCAAAGGAGAAGAACGUCGUGAUUUGAUCGAUGCAGAUGUUGUCAUUGAACAAGGUCAUCACUAUGGUCAAGAUGUUCCAGCUGUUGUUGAAUUGUAUGGUAUUGUCUUCACUGUUCCAGAACGUGUCAUGACUACUGUGCGAUAUGUACCAACCUCGACACAAGCUACAUUCGAAGUUUCAAUCAUGGAACAAUUAGACAUCGCCAAUGGAUAUGGUAAAACUUUGUUUGAUGAACAAACGAUCCAACCUCAAUUGCGUAACUUGCGUGUGAUACGAAAAUAUCGAAACCAAGUGGUCGCUACAUUGGACGAACAAAAAAUUGGUUACGAAGUCAUUUCCAGCAAAUUGGCAUAUCGAAAUACCUGGGAACAUUCCGUUCGUCUUUAUUCUCCACAAUCAAAUGGUCAAUCAGUCCAUUAUCGAACCAGCUACCAUUAUUCACCUGAAACAUUCACUUAUGUCUACCGAAGUGAAUUAAAAUACGGAUACCAAAGUGAACAACCAAUCUAUACUUCAACACAGGUGAUCGCUCCAAUCCCGAACAAACCGACCUCAUACAUGUUCUAUUACGAUCUUCAUUCGCCUGUAUUGGGUGGUGAUGGCCAUGUUUGGGCUCGAGCUUUCUUAUUUGGUUCCGAGAACAAAUAUCAGGGUGUGAUUGCUACAUUGAAAACCACCCAAAAUGACCAAAUUACCUUCGAAGCUACAUCACGAACAGAAGAAGAACAAGCCAACCAGAUGGUAUACUAUGGACAAACAAAUAAAGUAACCUACUACAACGUCAGCCUCUAUACACAAGAUCAUCAAAUCGAUACCGGUGUUGAUGGUUACGUUUCUGGUACGGGCUUAGAAUUGAAUUGGCACAAUCAAAACCGAUACAGUCACCGACAAACUGGUCAAUAUCGAUUCCGAUUUCUCGACAAUAAGCAAUUUGAAGCUGUAGUUGAACAUGAUAACCACGGAUUUCACUGCAAAGGUCAAUUGAGACCUAAACAAAGUGUCUACAUUGUCGAUGCAGUCGUUGAACAAUAUCAUAAAGUGAUCACCAAUGGUCGAUAUUACUAUGGUCAGCAAACGGAGAAACAAGUCAAAGGCCAAUACAAAAUUCACGUUGAAGCCAAAGAUCAAUGUAUCCGUGCCGAUAUCGUCCGUGAUUCGACUGAUAAAUAUGAACAACAACAACAAGAAUCUCUUGAAGGAAGCUACACUCAACAAUUGAGUUUCUGUAUGGAUGAUGAUAAAUCAAACAUCUUAAACUUAGCUAUCGAUUCUAUCAAAAAUGGUCAAAAAACAACCGAUUUGAAUGUUCGUCUUGACACCCGUGAAGUUGUUAAUUCGAUCAUAUUGUCAUUGAAAUGGAACCCGAGAUAUGAACAAACCUACUACGGACAAAUUUUUGAACAAUUGCGACACGGCAUUUAUGACAAAAACGAAGUUGCUGAAGAAAUCAAACAUGUUGUGCGAGCUGUACGACGAAUUCUUUACGAACAACAUGAUGGAAUUAAUCGAUACCAAGUUUUGGCUGAACAAUUCGUCCGAUUGGUAGAAGAUUUUUUCGGUAUGGAUGCUGGUGAAGUGCAACAAGUGAUGAACGACUUGGUUGUUGUACCAAUAUUGUCAACAAUUGAAUCAUUCUAUCGAUAUGGUUACGAAUACGGAUAUGUGGUUGAACAAUGGCAACAGAAAGUGCAGCAAUUUGUCCGAAAAGUUGAAUACGAAUGCUACCAGAGUGAUGUUUGUCGUCAAUCAGUGGAAGCUGUGAUCGAAGCCUACAAGACUCCCGAACGAUUCGUAUCGGUUGUUAGCGAUUAUUUCGUACAAGCUUUACAGCACACCCAUCGUUUCGUUUCAACUAGCUAUUCUGGCCGUUUGAUUCGUUCACUUAUUCCAUCGGCUUUUUACGAUUAUUUACCAGAAUUGAUUCAUCAGAUCAACUAUUAUUUUGUACAAUCAUACACAAAAAUUGUUCAUGGUAACUAUCCAUUGGCCGAAUUUAUUAACAACUUGGAAAAUGUUUCACAUGAAAUGAUGGUAGCCACCCAUUGGCGUCAAGUACAAUGGCAGCAGGUAAAAGAAGCAAUCAGUAAAAUGAUCGAAUUAACUGUAUCACCAUGGCGAUAUAUGAGCACCACUCGUGUUCUUGUAUAUGAUCCACAACAAGGUCAAUUUCAAAUUGAACUUUAUGGUCCAGCCGUAAAACAUCCACGAUACUAUAAACAAAUGAUUCAACCAAUGUUAUCCCGCCAUACAGAUGUUUCAAACAUGAACAACAACCAAUCAUGGUACACUGGCUAUGGUUCUUAUGGAAAAAACUACAACAAAGGUGGUUUCUAUUAUCCAGCUGGUGAGCAACAACCAUCAUCUAUCCUCUCAAAAAUGUUCGGUCGUGUUUAGAAUCAAAAAAAAAAAAUUCUUUCUCAAUAAGAACAACAAAAAUUUUAUUCAAAUAAAUAAUUAUAUAUUCCAUCUAAUUGUUUUAAUUUAUAUUAUUAUUAUAUGAUUUUGUUAACUAUUUAUAAUUUCACUUGAAUGCCAAUAAAAAAAAUGGCGCGUGACGCAAUCCCACCUACA